AUGCCUCCUGCUGCUGCUGCGGAUCACGAGUGCGCGCCUCUGCUAGCCGAGCGCCGCGAACCGGACGAGGCCCUCGCCGGCUCGUGGUUCAUCGUCUUUUUGCUCUCCAUGUCCGCCUUUACAGUCACCUUCUCCUGCGUCUCCGUCGUGCCCGUUGCCCGUCGCAUAUCCCGCGACCUCGGCGGCAGCCCCGACGACACCUCCUCCGAGGUCCUCCUCGUCACCAUCUGGGAGCUCGGCGAGGCCGCCGGCCCGCUGCUCAUCGGCUCGCUCUCGGAGCUCCUCGGCCGCGCGCCCGUCAUCAACGCCGCCAACGUGCUCUUCGUCGCCGCGCUCCUCCUCGGCGCCGUCGCCCCGACCCUGCGCUUCCUCACCCUGACCCGCGCCCUCACCGGCGCCGCCGUGGCCAUCAACGUCCUCGGCCCGGCCAUUGUCGGCGACAUCUUCGUGCCGGAGCAGCGCGGCACCGCCAUGAGCAUGAUCAUGUUCGCGCCGCUGCUGGGGAGCUCCAUCGGCCCGGCGUUUAGCGGCGCGGCCAUCGAGGUGCUGAGCUGGCGCGUGGUCAUCCUCGCCUGCGCGGUGCUCGCGGCGCUGUGCUACUCCAUCUCGUUCGUAUGCUUCCGCGAGACGUACGCGCCGGUGAUUCUGCGUCGUCGGGCGGCGAAGCUGCUCGCUGCAGGCCCAGCGCCAGACACGGACAAGCCGGCGACUGGGCACUCGUACAAGUCGCUCUGGCUGUCCAUUGCGCGGCCCGCGAUCGUCCUUGCCAGCAGUGGUGUGCUCAUGGCAAUCUCUUUCUACAUUGCCAUCAUGUUCUCCCAUUUCUACGUGGCUGCCAUCACUAUGCCCAGAAUCAUCGAGGACAUUUACCACCUGUCACCUACUGCUGCGGGCCUGUCCUUUUUCUCCAAUGCCCUUGGAUCUCUCAUCGGCAUCAUGGUCUGCAAGUCCUGGCUAGACGCCAUCUAUAUCAAGCUUCGCGACAACAACAACGGAGUUGGCCUCCCGGAAUUCCGCCUGCCCAUUGCCAUUUUCGGUGCCAUCACUAUCGUGCCUGGCGUUGCGCUCUAUGGCUGGUGCGCCGAGUACAACUGGAACAUUUACGUUUUCCUCAUCUCAUGCGUCUGGGUCCGCAUGUCUCUCAUCAUGUCCUUUGCGCCACUGACCGCCUACGUCGUCGACGCCUGCGGCCUCUACUCGGCAUCUGCCUUGACCGCCGUCAUUGUCAUCCGCUGUCUCGCGGGCGCCUUCUUGCCGCUCGCGAUUGACAAGCUCGUUAAUGAGAUGGGCUAUGGUUGGGGAUUCACGGCGUAUGCGCUGGCAACUCUGGCUGUCGUUUCGGUGCCUAUCGGCCUCUUCUACAAAGGUGAAAGUUGGAGGAGAAAUAGCGAGUAUACAAUGGUGGAGGAGCAUAUUGAAGCGGAGUGA